AUGAAUCUCUACAUUCAACUCCUCGUCUUGGUAGGCAUAGCUUAUGCUCAGAAUGCAAGCCUCGCGCAAGACAACACAAUCGCUACGCAAGGUCUUGUCUCGAAUACCUCUCGAUUCAACACUAUCCUCCGUGUCGACAAUGGGCCAUAUGGCCCUAUGAUUGAUGAAGUCCACUACUACUACGGCUACUGGCCUAUUGGCCUUGCUGUGUCCAGCGAGUCUCGGAUCUUUGUCUGCUACACCCGGGGGGACUAUGACUACACUGUGAAUGAAGUGGUCAAUAUGACCUCGGAAGCUCCUUAUCCCUCUGCUGGCCUGAAUAUGCAUCCGGACUCUCUCAACACAACCUUCAAUGGGAUUCAAUUCGGCAGUGCCAACUCUACAGGAUUGGUCUCUGUCCAGGCGCUCUACAUCACACCGGCGACGUCAUCACGAUCUGAGACGCUCUGGAUGCUUGACACGGGAAGGCCGACUGUUCAAACGUCCUCAGGUAGCUACAGUAUGCCAUACGCGCAACCAGGCGGACCGAAAGUCGUUGGAGUCAACCUAUCUAACAACACGGUCUACGCCACAUACACCUUUCCGUCGACCGUACACUACCCAGAUUCGUAUAUGAACGAUAUCCGCUUCGACCUUCGCUCCGGCCGGAAUGUCGCAUACAUCGUUGACUCCAGCAACGAAGGCCGGAACGGCUUCAUCAUGCUCAACCUCACAGAUGGCAGCUCCUGGCGCCGCUUAACUCAGCACCCUUCUGUUCUUCGGACAUACAACGCCCUGCCAAGUUAUCAGGGCCAUCCGUUCUACUACCGAAAUCCCGGCAUGCCCAUCUCGCACCAGCCGGAAGGUCUGGACGGCAUCCAGAUCACCCCCGAUGGCGAAUACAUAUAUUACUCCCCUCUUACGUCGCAGAACUUGUACAGAGUCCCGACCGCUAACCUACUGGCGCAAGACACAUUGGCUGAACAAGCCGCGUCGAACAAUGUCUCCUGGCUAGGGCAACGGGGAGGCGAGGCCAAUGGGUUUGAAGGCGAUAGCAAUGGACGCAUAUACAUGCUGAUGCCGACGCACAAUGCGAUAUACUACUACGAUCCCGCCGACCUGCAAAUGCACGGGUUCGUACGUGAUCCGAGGAUAUUAUGGCCUGACAGCGCGAGUAUUGGAGCGGAUGGGUACUUCUACAUGAACAUCAACCAGCUGCCGUACCAAGAUCAAUGGAACAAUGGUGUCGAUUUGAGGCAGAGACCAGGAGCGAUUUUGAGGGCGAGGUUGCCGGAUAAUGGGACGAAGAUUUCGACCCUUUGAUAGCGGAAUAUACUGCACCUGAUGGAGUCUGGAGUCGUAUGUGGUCU